AUGGAAGAAAGAGACGAUGAUGAAGGGUCUGCUACCAACGUACUAACAAGGAAUUUGAGGUUUCACAUGACUUUCAGGAAGCAGAAAAGCAGUUGGAAUUGGAGUCCAAAUGUGGUGCGCACAUCACCUUUGUUGCGGAUGGUUUCAUUGCAAGAUGAGCAGGUACCUAUAUCACACAACAUUUACUUGAAGGAGUUAUCGAUGCUUGUGUAUGUCUCAGUGGCUUUUCUUAUUGUUCACAUUGUUAAGGGGACGCACACUAUUGCUUUGAAUUUUGUUACUGAAUGA